UGCGACAGGGCCCCGCCCCGCCCCGCCCCCUGCUCCCCGCCCCCUACUCUCUUAGGUGGCGCCGGCUUGCGGCUAGUGUGGCGGCGGUGUUGGUUUUGGAAGCCAGAGCGGGCACAUUCCCUGGACAGGCGGCAGGGCUAUGGUCGCUGGCUCCCAAAGGCCCGCUCCGCUUCGCAGCCCGAUCCUGAGCGCAAGCCUGAGCGUUCUCUUCAGCCAAGUCCCCCGGCGCGUUCGGCUGCUCCCCGGGCGCGCCCCCUCCGAUGGCGGCGGAGAUCCAGCCCCAGCCACUGACCCGCAAGCCGAUCCUGCUGCAGCGGGUCGAGGGGUCGCAGGAGGUGGUCAACAUGGCGGUGAUUGUACCUAAAGAAGAGGGUGUCAUCAGCGUCUCGGAGGACAGGACAGUUCGUGUUUGGUUAAAGAGGGACAGUGGACAGUACUGGCCAAGCAUCUACCAUGCAAUGCCUUGAGUUUAUUUUGUCUGAAGAUUAUAACAAGAUGACACCUGUGAAAAACUAUCAAGCACAUCAGAGCAGAGUAACGAUGGUCCUGUUUGUUCUGGAACUGGAGUGGGUGCUGAGCACAGGACAGGACAAGCAGUUCGCCUGGCACUGCUCUGAGAGUGGACAGCGCCUGGGAGGUUACCGCACCAGUGCUGUGGCCUCAGGCCUGCAAUUUGAUGUUGAAACCCGUCAUGUGUUUAUUGGCGAUCACUCGGGCCAAGUAACCAUCCUCAAACUGGAACAAGAAAACUGCACACUGCUCACAUCCUUCAGAGGGCACACAGGAGGGGUGACAGCACUCUGCUGGGACCCGGUGCAGCGCGUGCUAUUCUCAGGCAGUUCCGAUCACUCUGUCAUCAUGUGGGACAUCGGUGGGAGAAAAGGCACGGCCAUCGAACUCCAAGGACACAAUGACAAAGUCCAGGCCCUCUCCUAUGCACAGCACACACGACAGCUCAUCUCAUGUGGCGGUGACGGUGGCAUUGUCGUCUGGAACAUGGAUGUGGAAAGGCAGGAGACCCCUGAGUGGUUGGACAGUGACUCCUGCCAAAAGUGUGACCAGCCUUUCUUCUGGAACUUCAAGCAAAUGUGGGACAGUAAGAAAAUUGGACUAAGACAGCACCACUGCCGGAAGUGUGGGAAGGCCGUGUGCGGCAAGUGUAGCUCCAAGCGCUCUUCCAUCCCACUCAUGGGCUUUGAGUUUGAAGUGCGGGUCUGCGACAGCUGCCACGAGGCCAUCACAGAUGAAGAACGCGCCCCCACAGCCACCUUCCAUGACAGUAAGCAUAACAUUGUGCAUGUGCAUUUCGAUGCAACCAGGGGAUGGUUACUGACUUCUGGAACUGACAAGGUAAUUAAGCUGUGGGACAUGACCCCAGUGGUGUCAUGAUGACUCGCCCAGGGACUAGGAGACAGUGUCCCUGAAGAAGCACUUGAGUCCAGCAUCCUCCCGGGAGGAGGAAAGAGAGCUUCUGGAUGAGCAAGAAGAGAGACCGAGGCUCCCAGCGAGUGUGGGUCCUCCGCCACUGUUACCGCAAUCUAGUGAAAGCCAUUCCCUCCCAGGACUCUUCAGUCGUCCAUACCACAGAAAAGAAGAUAUUUUUUUAUCAAAUGGUUUAUACAGCCUGGCUGUGCUGCAUUCAUUAUUUUGAGUAUAUUGGAAAAUCUGUGUGGAUGUUUACGCUUCUAUAUUUCAGCUGUGUGUUGUGUUCAUUGCUUUCUCUGUCAGAAAAAGAGAGAAACAUCUGUUGAAGGUAUUGCGUUCUCGUCAAGCGGUCUCCUCGUUCUUGCCUCAGCAUGUACAGACAGUCCUUCUCGUUUCUCGAGACUUCCACCACCGGCCUCGCUUGCCUCUUGCCACAGAGGAUGAUCACAGUUUGUGCCGUGUUUCUCUUUCAUGGCUUGGGAUAAGAGUUGGAAAACCAUGCGUGUCCAACAGCUGGCCUCUUGAGUCACCUGGAGGGAGCAGGUACAUUGUCGGAAGUCCCUUGCAGCUCUGCUCUGGCGUUCUCUGCCAUCCACACUAGAAAAUGCUGCAGCAGCCUCUGCUGACCAUCAGCCAGGACACAGGUCCUGUGACCAGCCUCACCCUGCAGUGCCUGCAUCUCAGAAUUCAGUGAGAGUCUUUCGAGCCUUUUGUGUUUUGGACUAUGGGGACUUGGGAUUUUUUAAUUUUAUUAUUAUUUUUUUGUUUUGUUUUUGGCAACUUUCCUUCGUUCAUAACAUGAAAGACAAACAGAAAUGUCUGUGUUCCAGAAGGAAGUGCCUUGGAGGUGCAUCUUUCUACAUGGCAUUGCCUCUGUAUGUGAACAUGUAUUACUUUAAGAUUAGAAUUCUGCUUUCUUCACCAUUCAUAAUUUAGUUUCUCUUUAAAAACCAGGUAUUUAAGCAUCUUUAUGUUCAUGUAUACUCUGCUAUGAAGCCAGCGUGUGAUCUAAACAGAGGUACUAAGAAAGCAACAGAAUCCUCCAAAGGGAAUAAUCAGUUCAGCUUGAGAAGGUACAGUAAGGACUCCCUCGGGCUAUCAAGAUAGGAUUAACAGUAGUGGCAAGCCUGUGUCCAGAAAUUGGCCAGCCUCUCCAAGCCCUUCACCAUAGUCACCUGUCAGGAAUGUCACGUCAUUGCCAGGUGAGAGGCCUUCUGGGUAAACAGGCAGAUUGCUCGCCCUACCCUCUCCAUGCCAUCCACCACAGUACCUUGCCCACUUCUUGCCUAACAGGUGUUGCCUGGCACAGAGGACUUGAAUGAAAUGCAGUCCUCCUGUUAGUUUUGUUCUGUUCCUAGAGAAGCAGUUCCUUUCCUGGCAUCGUUGCUUCUCUUCACAGAAGAAGUAAUAAUCACCAUUCUUGGGCCCCAACCACACUUAGCACUGGCGACCCAGAGUGCUUCCUAGGACAAGCCGCUUCUGCUCUCUGGCACUGGGAAGGCCUGGUGUGCACCUCACACAGCCACACCCCUGGUGGCUGGCUGCAAUGUGAGAGCAGAACUCUCUCCAGGGCGUCAUCACCACUGUGAUUUAACCUGGUCCGAGAAAGGCCACCUAGCUUCAGUCUGGCCACUAUUACUGCUAUCAAUUUUUCUCUGUGUGGUCGCUCCAUCACAGAGCUUUGAAAAGGGAAUUAGAGGUAAAAUAUUCAAAGAUCAAUGGUGUGGUUGGAUGCUAGGAUCUAUAGCCACUUGGCAAGUUGCAGAGAACUGUGUGUUGUAAAUCAGUAAUAGAAGUAAGUCUGUCUGAGCUGGAGCAUGACUGCCCAAGGAAUGGAAAUGCACUAUUGGGGAAGCUCAGACUCCCAGCAAGCCUGUGUGGAUUCCCAGUCUUGUAUAGACGAAGUCAGACCUUCAGUAGAACACUUUACACUGUUGGGUGGCCCUACAUACCAUGCUGGUCAUAUCCCAGCUACGGCCCAUCCUUAGGAGUGCCCAGAGAUUGAAAGUUGACAGUGAUGAAAAUCAUGGGUGCCUACCACAGAUUGACCAAGGUUUCCAUGGCUCUGCCCUUUCCUCUCUCCUUACCCAUGUGGCUAGUGAUGGGAAAUUAUGUAUCAGAAAACCAGCUCUGCAUGUGAUACUGUGAAUCUUCUACUUGCCUGGUAUCUCCAUUAACCCACGGGGAAUGCAUGCUGGUGCUCACGGUGUCCAGGCACUGACCUCGUCCACCAGGCAUGAGGGCUGGCACAGUGCUUGGCUCGUUUCUCCUCUGGGGAAAAAAUUGACAAAUCUGUCAUCCUCUUGGGUGUACACUUGACUUUUCUUGCUGUGCUAUGGAAACCACAGCUCUGGUACCCGUAGUGAGGACAGCCGUGCUGGGAGGUAGGGAGACUGCACAUGCGGAGUUUCUCCUACUUGGUGAAUGAAGAGCAUCUUUCAGUCUUAGUGUUUCCAAGGGAAAGCAUUUAGUGAGCCACCUGGCUGUCUCCACCAUAGCAACAAUGGUUUUAGAAUAAGUACUUGAAAUUUUGUAUCACUUUAUAAAAGGCCAGUCAACAUAAUGUGUUUCUCGUUUAGUUAUUUGAAUUAUUCAUGAAGUUACAAAAAUUAUGAAGUUGGAAAAGUAUAUUGAGGUCUCAGAUGUCCCAGGUUGGUCACACCAGGCAGUUAGACAGAGGUAAAGUGUAAACAAGACAUUCUCAAAGAACUACUCAAGAAUAAUGGCACUUGCUAUUACCAGUGGCAUUGUGAGUAGGCAGAAGGGCAGCACUUUUGCCUGGGCAGGAAGUCUCUGGACUCAGGUUUAAUACUGUUGAGCACAUUUGACAAACUCUUGGUUAUGAGUGGGAACAUGUUACAUCAGAAGGUGGGUGGUACCACUGAUCUGUAUGCCGACACCCCUUCCCACAUUAGUCCCCACUGACCGCCCUAGAGUCCCACUGCCCUGCUGGCUAAAGGCUGCUCCUCUUGGUCUGGGCCUAUGGUAUUUGUCAUCGUGAUGAGAGGCAUCGCCUUCUUAGCAUCUCAGAGUUAUAUUCUAAAAGCAUUCUAUAUUUUUGUUUAACAUCCUUUAAAAGCUUGAAUUUGAGCUUUAAAGCAAAAGAAUAGUACCAUAUGUCACAGUAACCAGAAUAUGCAUUAAUGAAGGGCCUUUGGCUUUGUCUUUUCAUAAUAUUUAAAUACAUAUAUAUUUGUAUAUAAGUGAGCUUGUUCGCAAAGAUUUAUAUUUUAAAGCAGAAGAAAAGCAUUUUCCAAAGUGCUCUUAUUUUUCUUUCCCUUGAAAUAACGUUGGGUUGAGGUGGCUCCUCAUCACCCUGAUGAAACGACACGAAUGUUGAUCAGUUUGCCACUUUGUCAGGCAGUAAAGUCCUACCGGGGAAGCCUGUGUGCGCCUAUAAACUGGAGUUCAGCUUGACAGCCAAGAACUACACACCAGGCCUCAGGGCUUUAGGUCUGCGCUUUCACCUUUUAAUGUUUCCACCAAAAGCCUCGAGGCUAGCUCAGACAGCAGUGUCUGUUGCCUGCAUGGGUCCUCCCUUGUAUUUCCCAUGCCACGACCUUUUCAAAGUCUUUAUUUUGAAAAGGUGGUCAGAACUCUGAGUGAGGUGUCAAUUCAACCACAGUGCUUACAGUCCCCUCUAGACCUGUGACUGGGUUCUACGACUGGUGUUUAUUACAGGACUAAUGCACACGACCACCAAUCACAGAGCUGACCUCACUUAGGCACAUGAACACACUGCACUGCCAGAUCAGACGAGGUUCUCUCUGGGCUUUUCCAUCUAGGGCUUUGUCUUAGUUAGGGUUUUACUGCUGUGAACAGACACCAUGACCAAGACAACUCUUAUAAGGACAACAUUUAAUUGGGACUGGCUUACAGGUUCAGAGGUUCAGUCCAUUACCAUCCAGGCAGCAACAUGGCAGCAUCCAGGCAGGCAUGGUACAGGAGGAGCUGAGAGUUCUACAUCUUUAUCUGAAGGCUGCUAGCAGAAUACUGGCUUCCGGGUAGCUAGGAUGAGGGUCUUAUAGCCCACACCCACAGUGACACACCUACUCCAACAGGACCACACCUUCUAAUUGUGCCACUCCCUGAGCCGAGCAUAUACAAACCAUCAUGGGCUUAGUUGGUGUUGUUUUAGAAAAAGAUGGUGAAAUUGUUAGUACCAUCUAAUUUAAAAGAUACCUCAAACUGUUCACCUUGGGAGGUUGAGACUAUCUGACUGGGGAGAUAAAGUGUUUAGAAAGUUUAGAUUGGUUCAAAGGGUAGAUUUCAAAUCUUAUUUAAAUAUUUAGAGGUUUUUUGUUUCCCCUCUUGGUUCUUUGGGAUGCAUGAGGGGGUAUUUUUUUUUUCUUUUUUGUUGUUAAGGGAAAGCAGUUUGAGUUUGCUUCUGUAUAGUUCUUAUUGUUCAGAUGGUUACACAGCCUUUCGUUUAUAGCAUAUGUCAGUGUGAAGUAUGGACCAAACCACUAACAUGCAAUUACCGUUGUUCUGUGUGAGCUUCUGUCUCAUGCCAUUUGUCUUGCAUUUUAAAUGGUGUUUUCAAGGUAUUGUCAUUUGGAGAGGAGAAAAAUCUCACAUAACAAGUGUAAAAACUGUUACUAACUGGACAGCGGGGGAGCUGUUAGCCCUGCAGUGGUGCCUACCCCUUGCUGUAUUGUCACCAGGUACUUUUGCACAGCUGCCUCCUGGGGCUCACAUCUGGAUGUGGCUGCCACAGGCUUGUUUUUCCAACAAAAUAAAACAAAAACAAAAAAUAAAAAACAAACAAACAAAAAAUCAGGAAUUAGGGGACUAGGCAAGGACUCAGCUCAGUAUGCUGUAAGCCUAAAGUUAGAAGCUGGAAUGGGUCACUCCAUGGUGGUUCUGGCCAUACUCCUCUGCAGCUGCUGUGCUCUGUGCCACUGGACUCCACCAACCAGGCCCACCAACAAGACCCUGGCCUUCUAAAUGUGAUGAGGUGGUCCUGAGUGAGGAUGUUCUGUGACAUUAAGAUGACUGACUGUAUGUAUCCUGUGCAACUGCUGCAUAGCGCUGUGAAUGUUUCUCCUGUUUUCCCAUUGUACCGCCCUCCAGCCUCUCAUGUAUGUGUAGCCAUUUCCAAUGGACGGGUCUCAGAGCAGUGGCCUCUGUGGCUUAGAAUAAAUGGCCGAACACUUGCCUACUA